AUGGACGACGUUGACUCAGCUUUAGCCGAUAAUGUUAAAUCUUUUGCCGCUGGUGGUUUUGGUGGUAUUUGCGCCGUUUUAACCGGUCACCCAUUUGAUCUUGUCAAGGUUAGAUUACAAACUGGUUUGUACAAAUCUUCAGUCCAAUGUGUUAAAGAAACCAUUUCAAAAGAUGGAUUACGUGGUUUAUAUAGAGGGGUUUUACCUCCAUUAUUGGGUGUCACUCCAAUGUUUGCUGUUUCCUUCUGGGGUUAUGAUGUUGGUAAGAAAUUAGUUUCAUCAUUUACUGGUAAAGCUGUUGAGAAUUUUGAAAUUAAAGAUAUUUCUACUGCUGGUUUUAUUAGUGCCAUUCCAACCACUUUGGUUGCUGCUCCUUUUGAAAGAGUUAAAGUCAUGAUGCAAAUUCAAGAAGGUGCUAAAUCAAAAUCAAUGGGUGGUGUCAUUGCUGAAAUGUACAGAACCGGUGGUAUUAGAUCAAUCUUUAAAGGUACUGUUGCUACUUUAGCUAGAGAUGGUCCAGGUUCUGCUUUAUAUUUUGCAACUUAUGAAUAUGUCAAGAAAGAAUUGAGUGCUCCAGGUGAAGACUUGUCUUUGUUUGCUAUUACAACUGCUGGUGGUUGUGCAGGUAUUGCUAUGUGGUUGGGUGUUUUCCCAAUUGAUACUAUCAAAUCCACUCAACAAUCCUCCAACGUCAAAGUUUCCAUCUCACAAGCUACCAAGAGUAUUUAUGCUAAAGGAGGUAUUAAAGCAUUCUUCCCUGGUGUUGGUCCAGCCUUAGCAAGAGCUUUCCCAGCCAAUGCAGCCACAUUCCUUGGUGUUGAAUUGGCCAGAAAAUUCUUAGACCAACUCAUAUAA